AUGAAUGGACUGGCCAAGAAAUGGUGGCAGUGCAAGCUGGCAUCCCGCCCUGGCCCGCCUCACGUGCACCAUCUGCACCCUCCGUGGGCUGGCUGGGAGAUUGAUGCAUCUGAGAAUGUGUCCUUCCUGUCUCCUUCCGACUUCAGUGCAAACAGCGCCCCCUACAGUUGUGCCAGCUCCUCCCCCUCCUCGCCAGUCAGCCCAGUCCUCCGGAUCAGCUCAUGCCUUCAUUGCCUCUCUCCCCUUUCUUCCACAGGCUACUUGACCGUCAACAUUGAGCCUCUCCCACCUGUGGUGGCUGGUGAUGCCGUGACCUUGAAGUGUAACUUCAAGACAGAUGGCCGCAUGCGUGAGAUCGUGUGGUACCGGGUGACGGAUGGUGGCACCAUCAAGCAGAAGAUCUUUACCUUUGACGCCAUGUUCUCUACCAACUACUCGCACAUGGAGAACUACCGCAAGCGGGAGGACCUGGUGUACCAGUCCACCGUGAGGCUGCCCGAGGUCCGCAUCUCCGACAACGGUCCCUACGAGUGCCACGUGGGCAUCUAUGACCGCGCCACGAGGGAGAAAGUGGUCCUGGCAUCAGGCAACAUCUUCCUGAACGUCAUGGCUCCUCCCACCUCCAUCGAAGUGGUGGCCGCUGACACACCAGCCCCCUUCAGCCGCUACCAAGCGCAGAACUUCACGCUGGUCUGCAUCGUGUCCGGAGGGAAACCAGCGCCCAUGGUUUAUUUCAAACGAGAUGGGGAACCAAUCGAUGCAGUGCCCCUGUCAGAGCCGCCGGCUGCUAGCUCUGGCCCCCUCCAGGACAGCAGGCCCUUCCGCAGCCUCCUGCACCGUGACCUGGACGACACCAAGAUGCAGAGGUCACUGUCCCUGCUGGACGCUGAGAACCGUGGUGGGCAUCCCUACACAGAGCGCCCCUCCCGGGGUCUGACCCCGGAUCCCAGCAUCCUUCUCCAACCAACCACCGAGAACAUCCCAGAGACGGUGGUGAGCCGCGAGUUCCCCCGCUGGGUCCACAGCUCCGAGCCCAUCUACUUCCUGCGCCACAGCCACACCCCAGGCAGUGAUGGCACCGUGGAGGUGCGCGCUCUGCUCACCUGGACGCUCAACCCACAGAUCGACAACGAGGCCCUCUUCAGCUGUGAGGUCAAGCACCCAGCGCUGUCGAUGCCCAUGCAGGCAGAGGUCACGCUGGUUGCCCCCAAAGGACCCAAAAUCAUGAUGACACCCAGCAGAGCCCGGGUCGGGGACACAGUGAGGAUUCUGGUCCAUGGAUUUCAGAACGAAGUCUUCCCGGAGCCCAUGUUCACAUGGACGCGAGUGGGGAGCCGCCUCCUGGACGGCAGCGCUGAGUUUGAUGGGAAGGAGCUGGUCCUGGAGCGGGUUCCUGCUGAACUCAACGGCUCCAUGUACCGCUGCAUGGCCCAGAACCCGCUGGGCUCCACCGACACGCACACCCGGCUCAUCGUGUUCGAAAACCCAAAUAUUCCAAGAGGAACGGAGGACUCCAAUGGUUCCGCGUCUGGCCCUGCUGGCGUCCGGCUCACCUUGGUGCUCACCCUGACAGUGGUCCUGGAGCUGACGUGAAGGCCCGGCCCCGCUCCCCCAACUCCGUCCGGCACUGACAUCUCUGCCAUCGGUUUUCAUUUCUUUUCUAAACUAUUUCCAGUCUUGUUCUUAGUCUCUUUCUGUCCGUGUCUUGGCUUCUUCGGUCAGUUUAAUUAAAACAGAACAAUUUUCCCCA